AUGCCGCCGCCGGCCGCUGGCCGCCGGCCGCUCCUGAGCAAAGCCCCUGCUUCCUUCGCGCCCGCCCCCGCCGCCGCUUGUGCAGGCAAUGCGGUGGUGGCAAGCACGCCCCAAAACCCGUUUUGGCUGGAGGUCAUGCGGGAGGCGCUGCGGCGCGCGGGCGACCCAGCGUACGCCCAGCACGAAAACGGCUUUGUGCGCGUCCUGGCCACCACGGGCCCCUGGAUGGUGGGCGACGUGCUGCGGCGCUUCCUGGGGCUGCAGGGCGACGGCGCGCGGUUCUGCGGGGCGCCGCUGGAGGCGCAUGGUGUGAGGGUGGCGGCCUACCCAGUGGGCAGCUGGUUCACGCCGUGCGGGCCCACUGACGUAGCCUGCGACAUCGAGUGGCGGCGCCGCCGCGUCUACGCGCGCCGCGCAGAGGCCGAGCGCCUGGCCGCGGCCCCCGGCGGGCCCCACACCGCCUGGGCCUUGCAACCCGCGGGCCCCGCAGCAGCUGCCAGCGCCCAGCCGGCGCCGUCGCAGCCGCAGCCGCCGGCGCUCGGGGUGGUUGGUUGGCACCACUAUGGCAGCAGCUGGUUCGGGGACAAGGGCAGGGCGAUGGCAGCGGGCAUGGCCGCGUCUGCGCGCGAGGCGGCGCGCUUCAUGUCGGACCCCGACGCUUUCCUGGAGUAUCGGUGCGCGUCUAGGGGGCCGCCGCGCAGCCAAAGCCGGCGUCUGCAGCAGCAGGGGCAGCAGCAGGGGCAGCAGCAGGGCCCAGGGGCGCCAUCGGCCGCUGGCGGCGGCGAGCAGCAGCAGCAGCAGCAGCAGCAGCAGCAGCAGCAGCAGCAGCAGCAGCAGCAGCAGCAGCAGCAGCAGCAGCAGCAGCAGCAGCAGGACAUCCAAGGCGCGCAAGAGGGCGCCGCCGCCGGCGCCCAGCAGGGCCAGCUGCGGCCGCCGCCGCCGCCCGCCCCGCGGCCGGCGUGGCGCGGCGGCCCCGAGCCGUUUCUGUGCGACGAGCUGCUGGAGGACGCGACAGCUGGCGGCGGCUGCGCGGCGGUCAUCAUAACCGGCAGCCCGUCGGGCCGCCAGAACCGCGACGGCAGCGGCGGCGGGGAGGAGGAGGAAGCGGAGGAGGAUGAAGCGGAGGGGGAGGAGGGAGAGGGGGAUGAGGGUGGUGGCGGUGGCGGCGGUGAUUUUGAUGCGUCGCUGGCGUGGGCGCUGCGGGAGCGCGGCUGCUUGGUCGUGCACAUUGGGCCGGGCAGGGACGCGCCAGCGGCGCUGCGGAGCCGGCCGGCGCCGCUGGCAUCACCUGCACAACAGCAGCAGCAGCAGCAGCAGCAGCAGCAGCAGGAGCAGAAGGUGGCCGCCCCCCCGCGCUGA